UUUAAAUUCAAUUUAAUUAGUCUUAACAAUAUUUCUUCAUUUUUAUCAUCCACAGGAUAUUGUUUGAUUGAUCCUUUCUCGGUAAUUUCAAGAACGUGCAUUGACUUCCCUGCACACAUCCAUAUACAGCCAUAUUUCAACAGGGCACAGUGAGUCGGAACUUUAGGAGAAUAACAAUGAACGGUUCAGCAUUCAAGUAUCUAUACCUCUUCAUUGGACUGCUGUUAGGAGCACAUGCCGAGAAAACGGCAGACGAAAAAAUACAUUUGUGGCCUGCUGGUAAAGUGCAGUACACGAUCCGAAGAUUCUCUCGCGAUCACCUUUCACCUGCAGUUAUCGCAAAUCUUACCGCGGCCAUGGCUGAAAUAAGCAAUAAAACUGGGAACUGUAUAACAUUUGAAGAACUUAAAGGAACAUACGGAUGUUAUCCAGGCCGACGUUGUAUCAAAUUCGGUGAAUCUGGGUCUGCCAGUUGCGCCUCAACAGUAGGAAUGAAAAGGGAUCCAAGAACAUCAGUUUCUACUUGUCCCACUGUUGGUGCCAUAAUACAUCAGCUUCUGCAUAUUCUCGGAGUGAAUGAUCAACACACAAGACCAGACAGAGACGACUACAUUGAUGUUCAUUGGAACAAUAUUUUUAGAACAGGAAAUUUUCGGCGCAGUUUCAAGAAGAGGACAUGGGACGACUCCCUUGGCAUCCCUUACUGCUAUAACAGCAUAAUGCACUAUGACAACUAUGCAUUCGCUAGAACUAAAGGUGUGAAAACAUGAACUGCAAAAAGACACUAACAUGACACUUGGUCAGGAUGUGAAGUUGGAGGAGUGUGAUAUCUUGCACCUCGAGAAGUUGUACAAAUGUAAAAAUGGAGAAUCUGCCCUGCCGGAACAAAACGAUUCUUACCGAACGCGUCAUGGUACGUCACAAACAAGUAGAUACGGUUCAAGACCCAGACAUUCGCAUAGAAGACGAAAUCAGUAUUAUUGAUCGGUAGAAGAUCUGGACAAACUCGUGACGUCACGAGCACAUAAUUGAAGGGUUCUUGGAUUCUAUGAUGUUCAUUAGAUUUAAUUAUUGCUUAUUUCCUUGUCAAAUAGAUGUCAUAAAAUAUAUCAUUAACUGAUCAAAAA